GCGUAAACGGCGUUAGGAGGAAGACGGGCUCAGGGUAGGGAUGCUCAGGAAUCCAGUCCUGUACAGUCAUGAACUUGGCCAUCUGGAAGUCUCUUCUUGCUCAAUGAAAUGGAGUAAACAUUGUCCAUUAUGAAAUCCACCAUGCAGGCUGCCAGGGACAAGUGGGAUCCCACCCAAAGCCAAUCGCGGCUCUGACAGGGAAAUUGGCUAGCGCUGCCUGAGCCUACUCCAGCCUCCCCCGUUCCUGAUGUCACAAUUCAGAGGCUGCCGCCUGCCGAGGAGGUUGUAGAAAGCUCUGUAGGUUCUCUCUGUGUGUCCUACAGGGCUCCUCGGGCCAGGUCCCUCUCUGAUGGCUUUUAUGAAAAAAUAUCUCCUCCCCGUUCUGGGGAUCAUCUUGGCCUACUACUUCUAUUCUGCGAAUGAGGAAUUCAGACCAGAGAUGCUUCAAGGAAAGAAAGUGAUUGUCACGGGGGCCAGCAAGGGGAUCGGAAGAGAGAUGGCCUACCACCUGGCGAAGAUGGGAGCCCAUGUGGCAGUGACAGCGAGGUCAGAAGAAGGUCUAAAGAAGGUUGUGUCCCACUGCCUGGAGCUCGGAGCAGCCUCGGCACACUACGUUGCUGGCACCAUGGAGAACAUGACCUUCGCAGAGCAAUUUGUUGCCAAAGCUGGAAAGCUCAUGGGGGGACUCGACAUGCUGAUUCUCAACCACAUCACCAGCACUCCUGUGGAUCUAUUUAGUGAUGACAUCCAGCUCGUGCGUAGAAUCAUGGAAGUCAACUUCCUCAGUUACGUGGUCCUGAGCGUGGCCGCCUUGCCCAUGCUGAAGCAGAGCAAUGGGAGCAUUGUGGUCGUCUCCUCGACGGCUGGAUUUUGUGCUGUUUCAACACCAUACACUCCUCCCUUGUUUCCUCCAGCUGCUCUGACUGCCCCUUGUCAGUUCUCGCUUGUUGGUUUCCUCGGGACUAUUUCCAUCACAGGCCCUCAUCUCUUUUCACUCAAUGCAGUCUCCCUGGGCAAUCCCACCCACUCCCAUUGCUUCAGUUAUUACUGGAGUGUGGGUUGUUUCAAUGCUUAUGACGACACCUCAGGUUUCCCAGGGUGGAAUAAAGAGAUGGAUUUACCUUCAGAACCCAACUCAGCCCAAACAACUAGAGUUUAGACCAUGAGGGUCCCAGCUGAGAACAAAGUUUUAGGAAGAGCUACAAAAAAUGGACAGGACUCAAGAUGGGUUCCCAGCCUCACAGUCAUCAAGGCCUGAUGAACCCUCAAGUUGGGGUUUGCUCAAUAGAAGACACGGUGCGUUUUCCUGGGGUCUCUCUGAAAGCCUGAAGGCGUGCAGUGAAGAUUUCCAACCCUGUGCGCGUUCAUCUGAGUUCUCAGUUAAAGCUGUUGUAAAUCUGCCUUUGAAAUGGAAAUAAUUUCAGUCUCAGCAAAGCAGUUGGGGAUGGAGGGUGUGGAGUGGAUGAACAAAAGCAUGGAGGCCUGCUUUUGACCUCUUCUGCUCAGCCAACAAGCUCCAGCGCAUAGCUAAUCAGCCAGCCCUCUGGCUCUUGCUGUUUCUACAAUGGCUAAGUCCCUGCAUUUCUGGGGCAGAGCUAAUUGCAACCAGUCUGUCCCAUUUAUCACCAGGUCUGCACUCUUACUUGUCAGACUCCAUGUCCCAUAUUUUGCUUCAGAAAAUAUGGUCACCAUAGCUGUUUCUUUGUGGUCUAAAACUUCCCAGAAGAUAAAUCUGACUGUCAUAUCUAUCUGUCUGUCUGUCUAUCUAUCUUUCUAUCUAUCUGUCUUUCUAUACACACACAUAUAGAGAGAAAGAAAGUAUGAAUUCUGCUGUGGUGGCUCCAUUCUCCCUACAUAAACCAAAACUUCACCCUGGAUAAAAGCACACAGGCUUCUAAUCCCCUCACUUUCAUGACUGCUUCAUGCAUAUUAGAAUAGUACAUUUAUUUAUUUAUUCAUUUGAUUUAAUUAGGUUCAUACUCUGGAAUAUUUUUUAUGAACAGUAGUUGAACAAGUGUAUCUCACAGGGUGCAAUCAAAAAGCAACUUUAUUCUUUCCUUCAGACCUGUUCUCUGGGUGAGUUCUUCCCUGAACCUGGAUGUGAUCUAGGGCAGAUAACAACACUCCAAGAUAAUAAAAUACUCUCUGGGUGCUUCCAGUCUCAGGAAAGGUCUUGCUUCAGUAAUUGAAAUGUCCAGUCAUUUUUAAUUUAACUUUAACCAAAGCUUCUCUCAUCAAGCUUGAACCUGCUGCUGUAGGAAACCUAGGAUGGGAAAGAGAGAUGUGUUUCAGCCUUCCCUCCUUCUUCCCAUCUCCUCCUACUCACCAGGCUCCCUUCAGCCUCUCCUAUAAAAGGAAGAGGGGAAUGCAAGGAAAACAAGUUCAGGGUAGGAUAGAUCUUACUUGGCUGGUACCCAGAUAUUAUAGCAUCGGUCUCCUCUGGCCGCCAUGCAUGUUGAAAUCUCAUGCUCUCUGGGCUAGGAGGAUGACCACACAUGAUUCUUGCAUUGGGUGCUUUCAUGGGUUCUUUGGAGGCACCUACUGGAAAUAUUGAUAGUUCUUGUGAACUGGGUAGCAGCCGCUUAUGUUACUUCCCUCAUACCUUGGGAAUACAGUGGGAUUACAGGUGAAUACACUCACCACGUUGGACUGUCCUUUAGGGCAGGAUCGGAAAUGACUCCUGGGGAGAUGGGAUGAGCCCUGGGACAAGACCCAAAGGGUAGUGAGCAGAGUGUGGACCGGAUUUCAGGCCCCCCAAGGAGAGUUCCCUUGUGUAUGACACAAUUUGCACUAGUCUGCAAUGGCCUUGCCCCUAGCCAGUGCCUCUCAGGUUGGGUCAAACUCCAGCAUUUAGUGCCCAUCAAACUCCUGGGGACAAGUUCUCCACGAGGUGCCCCUGAAGCUCCUGUCACAAGGACUGACCCUUUCUUCUUGGAAGAUCAUUGAGACACUGUUGAUUUCCUUGCCCCAACUCCUGUCCUCUCUGACCUCUUCACCUUCACCCCCUUUUAUUCCCUUAGGAUGGUUGAGGGUCUAUGUGCUGCAAACUUGAUUUUGCUUUUUAGGGUUCGGUGGCAGUUGGGAGGAGUUGUUUGUUUGUGUUACCACACUUUACGUAAGAUACACAGGGAGUCUGGAAACUCCCUUCAGAAUAUGGAGGUAGAGCACAUGCUUAGCAUGCAUGAGGUCUUGGGGUCAAUCCCCAGUACCUCCUCUAAAAAUAAGUAAUAAAUAAAACAAUUACUCCCUCCACCAAAAAAACCCUAAAAACAAAAGACAUAUCCCAGAAAUCACAUGACACACUUCUGUGUACAACUUACUACACAGCACUUAGUCAUUUGGCAACAACUGGUUGAAAGAAGCUAAGGAAUGUGGACUUCAUUCCAGAUGUGAACCCAGCUACCAAUCAGGGGUUCUACUACCAAAGGAGAGGGACAGAAGGUAUCUUGAGAGAAAACUGCAGUCUCUGUUAGCAGGUGGAAACAUGAGUUCAAUCGGGAUUUUGUCACAGAGGAAGAAAGAACUAAAUUCUGGUUAGGCAACAACAGUGGGUCCUGAAGCUCUGCCUGGGACUUGGGUCCAGCCAGAGACUAGUCAGUAGCUUAGUGGUAUCAGAGACUCUGGUUGGACAUCCUGUGUCACACAGCCAUUCCUGGAACUUGACGGUAGAGUCAUCUGAAGCCAAAACUCAUAAUUGAGAAUUGAGGAUGGUGUGGUUCCCUGAAGGUAUCUGUUUCUAUUUUUUUUAAACUUUUAAGGGUUCUUUAUACAUUAAAGAUUGAGGACAUUAAGCUUUUAUUUGCCUAAUGUGUUGCAAAUUAUUUUCUAGUUUAUCAUUUACCCUUUACCAUCAUAGUGACAUUAUUAUAAUUAUUGUUUUGACAUAUGGAAAUUUUACAUUUUAUAUAAUCAAAUAGUUUCUGCCUUUACAUGCUUUUUACUUUUAUGUUAGAAUGAUCUUUCAUAACCAAACUGACAAGUGUUUACCUAUGUUAUCCUCCUUCUCUGAUUGAAUUUUGUAUCAGUCAGACGAUGCAUUCUGUUGCGCAUGUAACAAAAAUUCCACUUACAAUGGCUUAACACAAAUAGAGAUUCCUUUUUCUCAGGUAAUAAGAAGUUCAGAGCUGGUUUAAUGGACUUAUUAUAUCUUCCAGAAUCUAAGCUCAUUUCACAUUUUUGUUUGAUACUCCUUAAUUAUACAAUUAUAUAGCUCUUCCUCAAGCUCAUAAAUGACUACUGCAAUUCUAGGCAUCACAUCUGAAGUCCAUUUAAAAAGAAAGAGAAAGGGCAAAAUAUAAAAGCCACAUGCCACCUGAAUUCAUCUAUUUUAUGGGAUAAUCAAUACCUUUCCUGAAGAUGCCAUCUGUUAGAUUUCUCAUUGGUCAGAUCUAGGUAAUAUGGCCACCCAAAAGACCAAGGGACUCUUGAGGAAGUAAAUAUUUUUAUCUGAACACAUUGCUGUCCUGAACAAAAUUCGAUUAUUUUAUUAAAUGAAGGAAAAUGGAUAUUGGGUAGACAACAUCGUCUGCUAUAAUUCUCCAUGUAUAAUUUUUGAAGGAACUAACAAUUUUUUCCAAUUAGUUAACCAACUUUCCCAGCAUCUUUACUGACUAAGACAUUUUUUCUUCAUUGACUCGGCAUGUAACUUUAUUAUUUUCAAAAGCUUACAGAGGUUCCAAUUCCAGGAAUGGCAGGGCAAUACCUAACAGGCCAAAUUUCCCCAGAUAACAAACUGGACUAAAUAUAGAAAACAACCAUUGAAAGCACUGGAGAGAAGAAGCAAAAGCAGACAAACUGGAGAGUUGUUGAUACUCAAAAGAGGGUAAUGACCCUAGGUGAGUUUCUCAGUUUCAUAGCUUGUUGCCUAAGGGCAAGCCCCAAUCAGUGUCCUAUUUGGGAUUGAAAUCUGCCAUCUUACUACCACGUAGAACCAGAAGGCAGGGUCUGGGGUUUCUGCAGCAGCCAGAAAGUGAAGGGAGACGUCCCAGAAAGGAAAGAGCCACAGUGGAAGAGCACCAAAUUCUAUAUAUGAACCCUUCCUAAAUCUCUGUUCCCUGAACUACUCACAGGCAGUGCAGACAUCAAGAAGCCCAGUUAAGGCUCAAAUAAUUAAAAGAGAGAUUUUAGCUGGUACCUGCUGCAUGAGACACAGAGUUUCAGCUGAGAUAACUGCCCACCAAAAAAUAAAAAAUAAAUAAAAAUCAACACUCUUUGGAGGACAGGAUUCAGAGGC